GCUGCUUCCGUUUGCAGUACAAAACCGGAGGUGCGGUGGGGGUGGUGUGUCAAUAGAGCACACGGUUGUGUUGUGCCGAGGAUGCCCUGGGUUGGCAACAGCCGCCGCUGCUGCUGAGCGACGCCGGGAUUCUGCUUCUCUCCCCGCUCACGCGCAACCCGACUCCGACAUGGUGGUGCGGGCGCUGCUGCGGGCGGUGAUCAUGGGCCCCCCUGGCUCCGGGAAAGGCACCGUGUCUUCCCGCAUCGUCAAGCACUUCGCCCUGAAACAUCUCUCCAGCGGAGAUCUGCUCCGGGAGAAUAUGAACAAGAAGACGGAAAUUGGUAUCCUUGCUAAGUCGUAUAUUGAUCAGGGGCGACUGAUUCCUGAUGACAUCAUGACACAGCUGAUGCUAACUGAGCUGAAAACUCUUGACCAGAACCACUUGCUGCUGGAUGGCUUCCCCAGGACUGUUCCACAGGCCGAUGCCCUGGAUAAAGUGUGUCCGAUAGACACCGUGAUCGACUUAGAUGUGCCUUUUGAGACCAUCAGACAACGCCUGACUGCACGUUGGAUCCAUCCUGCGAGUGGCAGGGUCUACAAUCUUGAAUUCAAUCCUCCCAAAGUCCCUGGUUGUGACGAUGAUACCGGAGAGCCUCUUGUUCAACGAGAUGAUGACAAACCAGAAACGGUUAUGAAGAGGCUGAAAUCUUACGAAGCACAAACCAAACCUGUCCUAGAAUAUUACCGUUCAGAGAGUUAAUUUCUCCCUGAGGAGAGAACCCUGAAGCAGAACAAAAAUUGAGAGAUGGUGGACUUUUGCCUGUCCUUGCAGAACUAUGGUGGGAAAACCUGCAGCUGUGAAACUUGUGCCUCUCUCAGAGCUCUUUCCAAGGCAGAGGCCCCGUCUCUGGUGGAAGUGGGGUGUGCCACAGGCAUGGUCCCCUUACAGCCAAGUCAUCACUCUUAUUUAUAAGGCAGCCCCAUUCUGUGAAUUUGCGGAUUGACUUGAGCCGCUGUAGCUCAAAGACAGCAAUUUGUGCUGUGGCAGCCAAAGCAUGACUUGGCAAGUGGGAUGGACUGACCUCCUGCUCUGCCCUACCUGCUUUAUAAAACUCUCAUGCUCAAGGCAAUUGCUUCUAUGCAUGAACCUGAGGUAGUUUUGGGUGCCAUUCGCUUUAGUGGAUCACUGUUUGGCGGUAUAAAUUGCAGGCCCAGGGCCUCCAAAUUUGGAAUGAAGACUGCAGGAGGGCUAGGUUAACAUCCCCUUAUCUUCCAUGCUAAAUUCUCAAUCUGGAUUGGGAUUGCUGUACUUACUCUAGAGUAAAACAAAUCAUAGCUGCUAGCUGUAUGUCUUUAAAGUAAUGUGUGCUUUGUGGCUAAGGUGGGCCACCAGGCCACACACGCCUCCCUGCUGUGCUGCCAAAUUCAACAGGCUAGGGGAGGGAGUUAUUUUUUGCUGCCCCAUCAAGAUCUCUGCAACUUGAAAGAGAUCAAUCCAUCAGC